AUGCCCACAGAACCAGUAGUAAAUCCCGCCACUGGUCUAGACGCAGAAUCGACUGCCAUGAAUGAUGCUGGUGGACAACGAGUGCUGGUCAACAAAUGGAGCACUUUCAAUAAAGCCCGUCUUGUGUGUUCCGUCCCAGGACCAGAUGGCAUUGACACACACUUUGAUGAACUGGAGGACGUCUUUCUUCUGAGGGCUAAAGAUGGCAAGAAUCCUGAAGUCUAUGGACUGUUUAGCACCAUCAGCAAUGUCUUCCAAGGCUUCGCCAUCUGUGUCUAUCGUAUGGCAGACAUCUGGGAGGUUUUUAAUGGACCAUUUGCUCAUAAAGAUGGUCCUGAUCAUCAAUGGGCAGCUUAUGAGGGCAAGGUGCCUUACCCAAGGCCAGGAGUUUGCCCCAGCAAAACCACCAAUCAGCCAAGUCGUCAGUACUCCUCCACCAAAGACUACCCAGAUGAGGUAUUGCAAUUUGCACGUGCUCACCCCCUGAUGAGCAAAUCUGUGUAUCCGCUACAACGGCGGCCUGUGCUGGUGAAAACCAACCUGCAGCAUCGCCUACGGCAGUUAGUGGUGGACCGCGUGGAAGCUGAGGACGGGCAUUACGAUGUCAUGUUCAUUGGCACAGGUACACAAAUGCUUUAUGUGGGCUCACGGAUCGGUGUUGCCCAAGUGAAACUGCAUCAGUGUGAGACUUACGGGACUGCCUGUGCAGAAUGUUGCCUGGCACGGGAUCCGUAUUGUGCCUGGGAUGGUCUCACUUGCACCAGAUACCAGGAAUUGGGCAAACGUCGCUUUCGCAGGCAAGACAUCCAGAAUGGGAACCCUAUGCACCAGUGCCUGGAUCAAAACCUAACAGUGGAUGACUUUGACAGCAUUGCGGAGAAGGUGGUGUAUGGGACGGAGCACAACAGUACCUUCUUAGAGUGUAUCCCAAAAUCACCCCAAGCUGCAGUGCAAUGGUUUGUACGCAGAUCUCCAGAGGAGCUAAGAGAUGAGGUGAAAACAGAUGAACGGAUCAUGAAGACAGAAUACGGAUUGUUAUUUCGGAAAGUCUUUCGUCAGGAUACUGGAACUUAUUACUGCAGGUCUCAGGAGCAGGGCUUUACGCAGACUGUCACCAAAAUCAUUUUGGAAGUGGUUGAGAACGAGCAGCUGGAACAAAUUUUCCAGAAGGAGCAGGAGGAGGAGCUGCCUCGGUCUCCAUGCCGAGUCCGCCUGCUGCAUGGACAACGAUUGUGGUUCAAAGACAUCAUGCAUCUGAUUGGCUAUGCCAAUCUGCAGAAAAUGGAGGAAUACUGUGAGCGUGUGUGGUGCGGAGAUCGGCCACUGUGGCAUAAAAGCAAACUCCCAAAGAGCAAGAACCUGCUGGAGGGUGGCAAAAAAGGACGAGGCAAGCAGCCCGGUGAGAGAAACCGGGUGCCCAGGCAAGCGGUGGCCACUGAAGGGGACAUGGAGGCAACUCUUGGCAAAAGCAUCCCCUGAAUUAAAAUCCACCCUUCUAAAACUGUCCUUGCCCUGAUAGAGGCCCCCUUUGGCCUUGCUGAUCAACUGAGCCUAUUGACAUCCCUUCUUUCUGUCAAAAUGCUGGAGAUUUAACAAAUACCAAAGUAUUUUUUUUCUGUCCUGUAUUGACAACCCUGGUGUGAGUUGUAUCACACCUCGCACGGCAUCAAGUCUAAGAAUGGGUGGAGGUGGCCUCACUCAUGAUUGUGUGUGUGUUAAAUGCCACCAUCCCUGAAGCCUCAUGUUCCGUACGGCUGAGAUACAUGACUCAGAAAAGGAGCUGUAAGGAUCUAACCAUGUGGUUGGGAGACCGUUACCAGUAACCAAGGAACAGCGGCACCCAUUCCUCUUACAAGACUGAGAUGAAACAGUGGGGAGCUGGGAAGAAUGGAGAUAUGUAUAUAACCCUUGCUCUUCUGGAGGUGACAAGGAUCAGCUGGAGAUAACAGGCAACACAGUCACCCCUUGGAAGGAACAGAUGCUGCUUCCAGUGACCUAUUCUCCCUAUGCUACAUGCUGAGUAUGGGUGUGACCGUUGAACUGUGCGUAUCAUGGUACCUGGAGGUGCAAAGCAGAUUGUUGCAGCACUUCCAGCCUCAUGUUUUUCCUCGUUCUGUCCAACAGGUCAAAAGCAAUUCUUUGGGCAUGAUUGCAUAUGAGUUUUAAAAAGGCCAGUUACGUUUACGAUAUGAUUUGACCCUAAUGUUCAUUUAUGCCACAUGUGUCCUUCUCGUGCAUUCUCUUGCAAAUAACCAGCGGUUGUGGAGGCGAAACUAAACCUGACAAAGAAACAAGCAAACAAAUAAACAGAAACCUGAAGGGUAACAUGGACCAGACCAAAAGAAUAAAAUAAAACCUUAUGCAGCUCCCGUUAUACCGCUAGGUUUUUCUCAGACUGAGCAGAGAUUUCAGUGGGGAAAUGAAUGGCAGAAAAGUAGCUAAGCUUUUGUUUUCCUCAGCCUCUCUCCCCUUCCACUAUAAUUGUUCUUACACACACACACACAAUCCCUCUGUCGAACAGCAGAGGAACCUCUAGGCUAAACUUGGCCACACAACGUACUGUACUUUUGUUUGCCUAUUCCUGGGCUUCCUAUAUUUUGCUUGCCAAUAUCUUACCCUGUCUCUGCACUACCUCUGAUUAUUUCAUUGCUGGCUACUUUCUCUUGGGCAGUACAACUAUCCACCACCGGAGGCCCACGUGAGCAUUUGGCCUAAAUAAGCCUUGCCUUUCAUGGACUUGUAUCAAUUCCUUUGUUUUAAAGAUUGACAGCUAAGUGAAAAUUUGUUCAACAAAUAAAUUAAAUCUUACAUAGCAAGCUCUGACUUGGGGGAUAAUUUUACACCUGCUUCUUGACUUUCAUCAACAUAAUGAAUAGUCAGGACAAGUUGGCCCUGGGAUUGAAAUGUCUCAUUGAAGUGGCUACCAGGUAGCGCACUGAUUUCUUACUAGUCCAGAGCAAGUGUUCUCAACUUUUUUUCUGUUGUUGAUGGCCCCUCGUGAGUAUAAUUUACCUCUGCAACCCCUUUCAAAGAUACUGUUAGCUGUCUAUUUUUACUAUCUGCAUUGUUUAUUAAUCUGAACUGUAUUGUGUAAUGUAAUUGUCUUUAUAACAUUAAGACAAAGUCAUUGGUAGUAGCUACCAAAAAGGUUAAUUCUAUGCAGACGUAAUUGCAAACAAUUUUUCAAAAAAUAUACAAAAAUAUGCAAUGCGUAGCAGCAGCAAGAGAAUGAGGCCCCCUAGAUCUAUGGGAUGGUCCCCCGAUGGACCAGGUUGAGAACAACUGAUCUAGAGUGCAGAAAACAAUGCUCAAGUUGCUGUAACUUAGUGAAUUGGCUAGAAGGUAUAAACUAGGUGACCAGUUUCUAGACAAACUGGCCAAUGUCGGAGACCUGUUCCAGAGCAAAUGGACAGAUACUGACGCAGAUCAUUGUUCUUUUGGGACUCCUUCCAGAUGAUGAUUUAUUGCAGAUGUGCAAAAAAACUUACUUGCACUCUGAGAUGUGCAAGCACUCUCAUCCUUCAAGAAAUAUGAUUCAUGUGGGAUUUAUAUGCACAUCAAAGAAAGAAGGAAAAACUGCAGGGGCACUGCACCCACCUUUCUAUAAACGGAGUGAAUAUUUGAGUAAUAUUUGCCAUGUUUGCAAGUAUGCAAAGGUAGUGUAAUAGGAAGAAAAGAGGAAUUCCUAUAAAGCAGAUCAGCAGAUGCAGUUGGGGUAACUUCUCAAACUUCCACUCCAAAUUCAUCUUAAAACUGCUAUCAUCAUCAUCAUCACCAUCACCAUUACCUUCAUCCUGAGUUAUUUUUUGUCCAGGGGCUAUUGGGUACAUAUGGAGACAAUGAGCUCAUCCUCAAAUUUUUCUAACUAGAAGAUGAAGAUACUAGCAGUUGCCAAGUGCUAUUAGAAAAUGUGUUCCCAAUGAUGGCGUGUUCAUUUCAUCCCCAGACUGCUAUGAGGGGAGCCUACAUGUAUCUUUAUUCCAAUUUAAGUGUAGAGAUUUCCGUUUUCUGACUCCUCUUGCUAUGGACAUGUUCUAGGUCACUUCACUAACAAUGCUGAUUAUAUGGUCAAGCUGGGAUGGGCCACUUUGUGCUGGCGAAGAGACACCCCUCUUAGUCACUUGGCACUGCCUUUCAUGGCAGGCUUGACUUGGCUUGGCCACUUGGCUUCCAUAGGGACAGCUUCUUCAAUGAGCAAGAGAGGGGGUGAAAGCAAGGAUGCCUGGAAGAACUUUAAUCAGACAAGGAGAGGCUGGUUCAGAUGGAACAUGUGGAAUGGAUUUCUAUUCUCUCCUAGUCUGCAAGAUCUUUGUACCUCUCUCAGGUUGCCAGUGCUGAGUGCUGCUUUUCAUAUUAAACUUCUUGAAAGUUUUUUUCUUGCAAAGAGAUGUUACGGGGUGAGGGGGAGAAGCAGUAUCAGAAGGACUUUCAAAUAUACUAUCCAGCUCUGAUAACAACAUGAGAGCCUCAAUCUUCUGAAGAAGGUUUUUAGCUGGCUCCCUCAAACAUGUGUUAUUGA